UUCUUGACUCUGACAGCCGCUUAGCAUCCCCUUCUUAGCGACCCGCACAGUUGUCAAAUUUUAGCAGAGAAAAUCGAUGCGAGAAAUUUGCGAAAGCAUCGGAAACGUCAAGUGGAGGAUUGUAAUUGUAACGCAUCGGAAAACAGCAAACAUUUGUACGCAAACUGUCUUCAUUGCUUAUUAAAUAAAGGUGAAUUUUAUAAUAUUGCGGGGAACAAAAUGAACUGAAAUAAUAUAGAAUCAGUAUCUGUAAAAAACCACAGUACAAAACACCGAAAUUAAAUAUAAUUAUAAUUUUGUAUAGCCUUUGAUCCUACUCGGGAAAGCGUUCUAAAGAUUAUGGGAGUAACUGAUAAGACUCCAGGAGAUAGUGCAUCAUGUUCUAAAAUAACAUUAGAAACAUUUCGGGAAAUCUUUCGUGACAUAGAGCCGGAAGUAGAAAUCAAUGGAUUUGAGGAGGAGCCGGGUUCUGGGCGCGGGGACAAUUAUACGGCGACAAUAUAUCGUACACAUCUUACUGGUCAUCGACAAAGCUCAGCGGAUGGCAAAAAACAAAAAUGGGAAAAGAAUGUAAUUUGCAAGAGAAUGCCGGAAAAUGUACAACGUCGAGAAGCUUAUAAAAGCGAUACGCUCUUUAGAAAUGAGGUGUUAUUUUAUACCGAAAUAUUACCAGAACUGGUGAGAUUUCAAGAAGACAAAACAUCAAAAGUUUUUGGAGCCAUUCCUAAAUGUUACUAUGCGCGAGACGAUCUUCUCAUAAUGGAGGACUUGCGCGUGCGCAACUUCCAAAUGCCGGAUCGCCAAAAGGGUUUAACUUUAGAAGAGACACACUUGGUCCUGAAAGAGGUGGCUCAAUUUCAUGCUCUCAGUUUGGCUUAUAAAUUUGAAAAUCCUGCUCAUUUCAAACGAUUGCGUCAACUUAUUACCGAAGGACUUUUUUGUUCCUCAAAUGCGAAUUGGUAUAAAAAUUACUAUGAAAGGCUUACAAAGGAUGCCAUUAAAAUGGUUUCUGAUAUCCUUCCGGAGGAUUCUAAAUAUUUGGAAGCAAUGAAAAAAUUUGCGGGGUGUUCAACGUUCUUUUCCCAAAUGGUUCAUUUAGUCAGUGCGGAAACGACACUUUCUGCUAUUUGUCAUGGUGACUGUUGGGUAAACAAUUUCCUCUAUCGCUAUGAAUAUUCCGGUGAUAAUACAGAACAAAAACGAGCCGUAGAUGUCUGCCUGGUAGAUUUUCAACUGAUUCGUUACAGUUCUAUUGCAUUGGAUAUAGCCAAUUUAUUAUUUUGUUGUACAACUAAAGUAAUGCGCGAUGAACAUUUAAACGGGUUUAUUAAACUAUAUACAUCAGAAGUUUUUGGUUGGAUGAAAUUAUUAUGCACAAAUAUACCAGAAUUAUGUGAUACUACAGAGAAAUUUGCCAAAUUAUUUCGCGCUGAAUUGAAAGAAUAUGGACGUUUUGCACUUGGACUUGCAAUGGAUAUUAUACCCAUGUCAACGUGUUCGUCUGAAAAUGCACCAGAUAUGUACUUAAAUAUGCACCAAGAUGACAUAGAGGCCGGUGCACCAAUCCUGAAUUUUCCUCCCAACGAUUUGUGUCGUCAAAAAAUGUCUGAUAUCGUUAUUGAUAUGGUCGACAAGGACAUGCUUUAAUAAUUUGUUCUAUACUAAACUAUUAGGCUACAAAGGCUAACGGUUGGAGAACGUGUAACUUAGUAUAAAUGUUACAAUUGCAGAUAAGCUUUCUUAUAACCAUUUUAGAUUAUAGCGUAACCAUAUAUAAAUUUACAAAAUUAUGUAUUAAACUUAUGUUGGUAUAUAAGUUAAUAAGAAAGCGUGCAUAUAUAAUAUAAGUUUAUUUUAGUUCUGAAGUUCUUUAGAAAUGUUCCAAAUAUGUGAAGCGCUAAUUAACUUUCAUUCACAUGCAAGUUUUAUAAAUGUAAUUUAUUACAGUAAGACGAGUAGAUUGAGCAAGCCGACUGUAGUAAUAUUUUAUAGAUGCAUAUGUAUGUAAGUGGGUGAAUGGAAUUAAUAUUAGUUGUAAUAAAAAUCCAAAGAACAUUUCGAACGCAAUUUGCGCACAUUCACGCACUAUGUACCGUAGGUGACUUUUGUGAAAGUAUUGCUAUAAUAUUUCGCUUUAGUUUAAGUACUCUUUAAUAUUGCAAAAAUAAAGAGUAAUGUCAAAUUUGUAAAGGAAAAAUAACACUGGAAUUUCGCUCUAAUGGCUUUACUUUUAUUUUAUCGGAGAAAAUUUUGUAAUAUACAAUAUUACCAAAAACUUCAUACUGACAAUAACAAUUUGUAGCAAUAUUGCAUAUUGUCGCUUGAAUAAAUUUGUAUUUAUAAAAGAAAAUUGUUAAUCGUUGAAUACUUGUUCGACAACCAUAAGUGAAUGAAAAUGCUACAUACCAAAUACUAUUAAAUAAAUUUGCUUAAAAAGAAUGUA